GAUGCUCUUGCUCUCAUCAGAUUAGAUGAUCUUUUUCUAGAAUCGUUUGAAGUUACAGAUGUCAAACCUUUGAAAGGCGAUCAUCUGUCAAGAGCAAUAGGGAGAAUAGCAGGCAAAGGCGGCAAGACAAAAUUCACUAUAGAAAACGUAACCAGGACACGAAUAGUUCUUGCUGACGCGAAAAUUCAUAUUUUGGGAUCUUUUCAGAACAUUAAAAUGGCACGAACAGCAAUUUGCAAUCUAAUUUUAGGAAGUCCUCCAUCAAAAGUUUAUGGCAACAUUCGGGCAGUGGCCAGCAGGGCAGCUGAAAGAUUCUGAGCUGCAGCACAGCUGCACCACCAAGGACUGGGGCUGGG